CAGCAGUGAGAAGGAAACUGUUGACAAACAUCGGAGCAGCGGUGAACUGUCUCCACGGGCCGUGUCGGAGCGAGUGAAGGCGGGCUGUUGGUCCAGACCUGCGUCAGACAUGAAGAGCCAACAGAAGAGUCCAGAGCCCGACGGGACCGUCGCAGUCAACGAGGAAGGCUCCGUGGCGACGGCAGAAGACCCGGCUGCCAUCGCCACCAUCCAGUCUGCUGCCACCUUCACUGACCAGCCCAUCAAGUACCUGUUCAAGACCGAAGGAGCCGCGGGACAGGUGACGUACAGAGUCAUCCAGGUGGCAGACGGCCAGCUGGAGGGACAGACGGAUGGAUCUGCAGCCGUCAGCCUGGUCACCGGCUUCCCCGCCACCACGCAGGCCGUCACGCAGGCCGUCUUCUCCCAGUCCGAGGCUCUGGAGAGCGACGCCAGCACCGAGACCCAGUACACGUACUACCCGGCCACCAUCGCAGACGCCACCACCGGCACCAUGGUGACCACGGUGCAGGCGUCGGACACGCUGCUGGGCCAGACGACGCCUGCAGGACAGGUGUACGUCAUGAUGUCACCGCAAGAAGUCCUGGCGGGAUCCAAUCAGAGGACAAUCGCACCUCGCACUCAGCCCUACAUAGCGAAGCAAGAGGCUCCUCGGGCCUCCAGGGAUGAGAAACGGCGAGCCCAACACAAUGAAGUGGAGCGCCGGCGCCGAGACAAGAUUAACAACUGGAUCGUUCAGCUGUCCAAGGCCAUCCCAGAUUGUAACAUCGAUUACACCAAGACAGGACAGAGUAAAGGUGGGAUCUUAUCUAAAGCCUGCGAGUACAUCAAGGAGCUCCGGCAGAGCAACAGCAAGCUGGGGGAGGAGAUCGGUGUUCUGGACCGUCUGCGGGUCGACAACCAGCUGCUCCGACAAGAGGUGGAGGACUGGAAGUCCAAGAACCAGAUCCUGAGGAACCUUCUGCGGCAGCACGGCAUCGUGGGAUCGUCCAGCACAGACUCCCAGUGAGGACGGGCUUCAGGAAAACGACCUCAUCCGGGCCAAAACUGAACUUGCAAUGCUUUCAGAUACUUUUCUUGUCAUGGAGUUUGCAUGAAACAGGAAAGGGGGUCAUUGAAUGUUGUCAUGACAUCCACAUCCAGCCUCCUCAGCUCUGUGGGAGAUUGAUUUUGAAGCUUUUUAAUGCCAUUCCAUCCCCUUGUAUUUACAGUCCAGUCAUUUAAGAGAACGGGAGAGAUGGGAAAGCCUUCCAGCACAAACGUGAUUGUUCUCAGCUCUGAGCACCACCGCUUCUCCAGUCUCACUUUUAACUUUGUAAUCACAUGUUUGCAUCUUUUAUCAGUGUCUCAGACCAGUUGAUAUCUAGUUUAUCAUCCAUCUGGCUCUUUUGUUUUAUAUUUUUGUAUGUUUGCUGGCGCCUCGCUGGGACGGUGUUCCCGAAGACGGGGUGAGGGGGAAAAGUGUUGGGUCAACAGUCUUUAUUAAAAAUACAUCCAGUCAUUUACAGAA